AUUAUAUUAUUGGUAAAGAAGUGCCGAAAAAUAAAGCACAGAAGUUAAUCGUUGAGGAAGUUCGUCAGUAUGAAUCGAUCGAUGGUUGAAGAGAAUGGAGAAGUUAAAGGAUCAUCUUAUGUUAAACAGGAAGCUGUCAGUUAUGGUUACGAUACUUCAUUUGUUAAUUAUUCAACUAGUACUUCCACACCCACAUCACUUAAUCAACCAUUGCCCGGUCAACCACCUUUACCACCUAUGCCUCCACCUCAGGGAGCUGUACCACCCCCACCUAGUGUAUUUGGACCUAUUCCAACGCAAGUUACUCAGAUUCAUGCUUGGCCGCAUGCCCAUACAUGGCAAUGGAUAACUCCGCAGGCUACUCCGUUACCUCCACAAACUCCUAGAGAUAUAGCGGCAGCUGCAUUUCCAAGGGAGAUGCCAUUACGAAAUAAUUAUGUAAAACGAGAGAGGUUUAACCACAAUCGAAAUAAUAUAUAUCAACAAAGAGGUAAUUUUCAUCGCAAAAAUCGAAGAUUACAUCGUUAUGAGCAAGCUCAAAAUCAAUUUGACCAAACAUCAUAUUUUGGAGCAACUUUAACAAAUAGUCUUGGAUUAGAAUGGCAAAGAAGUAAUGAAGCUUUAAUUAGCCAUAUGCAGUUGCCCAUGCAAAAUCAAUUACCUCAUAUGACCGCAGCAGUGGCUAAUGCUAGAAGAUCCGAAGAAUCUACGGAGCAAGAUAUUAAGGAAGAAGUGGUCGUUAAGAAGAACAAACAACGUAAACCAAUGUCACAAAGUUAUUCGAGCCGUCCUUGGAAUCGUGAAGAUGCAGAGAAAGCUUUAAAAAUAGAGAACGAGUAUAAUAAAACUGUGAAAGCGCAAAGUUUAAUAAUUAAGUUUCCUGAUCCUGACUUAAAUAAAGAUAUAGUGAGAGAAUUUCAUCCUGGAAUACAAAACAUACAUUUUCAAAGUCCAAGUGGGCCAAGGUAUUGCUUUAUACAAAUGGCAGAAAAUAUUAAUAUCGAUCAAGCCAUUAAAGAAUUGGGAAAGAUUCCAUUUGGUAUAGGACAUUUAAAAGUUGAAAGAAAAUCUUUAAGAGAUGAAGAUAAUCCUACACCAGAGGAAAUUGAUCCUUAUACACUUUAUAUAGGAAAUUUACCAGAAUCGGUUAAUGUAAAUGAAGUAAAGAGCAAAUUUCCUACAGCAGCAAGAGUGGAUGUUGGAUAUGCUCAAAAAAUGCGAAAUACUCGGUAUGCUUUUAUAAGAUAUAAUAGUGUAGAUGAAUCAAUAUCAGCUUAUAGACAAGCUCAUGAUUUGAUGUGGGAUACCAGAAGUAUUAUUGUUAGAUUUAGGAGACAAAGAGGUAAUACGUGUCUUCCUGGAGAACCAAAAUCAAAUCCAAAGAAAAACAAAGAUGAAGUAGCAAAGACUAUAUCCACGAUAAAUGAUAAGAAAAUUAACGAAACUCGAUUGAGCGAAGAAAAAGAAAAAAAUUGUAAGACCUCUUUGAGUAAUGAACGAUUAGAACCUAAAACUACAGAGGUUAAAGAUCCAUUAUUGAACGAUGAUUCGACUAAUACGACUAAAUCAUUAUCUUCAAUAACUAGUUCCAUUGAACUUGUCCAAAAUACUCAGAACCACAAUCAAGCAUUAAAUUCACAACCACCUCGAAUAUCUUCAAUUUCUGAUACAACAUCUAGAGCGAAUACACAGGAGGAAACAAUACUUAUAACUGAAAUUAAAGAGGAGCCUUUGGAUUAUGAUGAAAUGAACGAAAUGUCAAUGGAAGAGGAUGAUGACGAUGACAAUGAUGAAGGCGAAAUAUACAAUCAAGAUAGCGAUGAGGAUGAUGAAGAUAGCGAUUAUGACGACGAUUUAAGUAAUUUAAAACCUUCAUUAAACGAAAAUUCCAAAAACGUAGCCUCAAAAGACGACAUUCCAUCAGAUCAUCUUGACAAAAUGUUCAGUGAUUUAGAAAACAUUACUGGUGAUAUUGAAUUAUAAUUAAUUAAGUAUAAAUACUGCAAUCAUCUUGUC